AUGGUCAAAAAAAGGUCCCUUCUUCGGAAGGAGGUCACUUACUCUGAUGUCAAGGAUGAGGAGUUCAAUGUUCUCCAUCAGCUUGGGUAUCAUGCUGAGCAAAGCCGUUUCUUUGCUCACCUCCUUGACAAACGUGGCUGGAUGGAGAAGGUUGUUGCUCACCACCUCAACCUAUCCUCCACCGAAUGUCAUGUUGCGGGCAUUGACGAUUGGCUUCAUGGUAGCUUUAAUGUCUGUGUUCCGAUAGCCAUUGACACCUGGAAUGGAAAGCGGGUUCUUCUUCGAUUUCCAUUGCCAUACCGUGUUGGUGAGGCCUACAGGCCUGGAAAUGGCGAUGAGAAGAUUCGAUGUGAAGCAGGGACCUACGCAUGGCUCCAAGAGAACUGUGCAGAUGUGCCAAUCCCACAAUUGUAUGGCUUUGCUUUCUCCUCUGGCGAAAGCGUAUGA